AAACCAUCUCCUUUGGUUUUGGUUUUCCAUUGAUCGUUUAAAACAUGGAGCAAAAUUUGAAGAUUGUGUUCUUGGUCAUGUUAUUGCUUUCCAUAUGUGGUUUGUUUAUCUCAUCUGUUUUGGCUGACAAAGGCUCGUUAAUGAACUUCAAGAAGUGUGGUCCCUCAGUUGGAUCAUGUCAAAUUAGCUGUCGAGUUGGGUUGCCUAAGUGUUGUAACGGUUUUUGCCUCUGUUUAGGAUGCCCUUAAUUUUGAUUAUUGUAUUUAAUAUCAUAAAUAUAAAAGGUUCGUGUCCAAAUGUGUUUGUUCCUCGAGAAAUCUGUGAAAUAAAAUUCAUC